CGCAGCGACACGUCCGACCUGCAAUCGUCAACCCCUCGAUCAUCCGCCAGUCUCUGCUUGGCUUGCCUGACAUCAAUCGCCCGUUUAUCAUCAUCUAAACAAGCUGUCUACGAUUCAAAAAUGCCUCAGUCAUACGAAGGUCGCAAGGUGCUGCUUCUAGGAAGCGGAUUCGUGACCAAGCCAACUCUCGAUAUCCUCAGCAAUGACGGGGUCCACGUUACAGUCGCUUGCCGCACUCUCGAAUCUGCGAAGAAGCUUUGCCAAGGCAUGAAAAACACCACUCCAAUCUCCCUUGACGUGAACAACAGCGAAGCUCUCGACGCUGAGCUUUCCAAGAAUGACCUUGUCAUCUCCUUGAUCCCGUAUAUCCAUCAUGCUACUGUGAUCAAGGCGGCUAUCCGUACUAAGAAGAAUGUUGUCACGACAUCGUACGUCUCACCCGCAAUGUUGGAGUUGGAGAAGGAGGCCAAGGAGGCAGGAAUUACUGUCAUGAACGAGAUUGGUCUUGAUCCCGGUAUUGAUCAUCUCUAUGCCGUUAAGACUAUCACUGAGGUCCACGCCGCUGGCGGCAAGAUUACUUCUUUCCUUUCAUACUGCGGUGGUCUCCCCGCACCUGAGUGCUCCGACAAUCCUCUGGGAUACAAGUUCUCAUGGUCUAGCAGAGGCGUCCUUCUUGCUCUUCGCAAUGCCGCAAAAUACUACAAGGACGGCAAGAUCGAGUCUGUCUCCGGCCCUGAGCUAAUGGGCACUGCUCAGCCGUAUUUCAUCUACCCCGGCUUUGCCUUCGUCGCCUACCCCAACCGUGACUCAACAAUGUACAAGGAGCGCUACCACAUCCCUGAAGCCGAGACCGUGAUCCGUGGCACCCUCCGCUUCCAGGGAUUCCCGGCAAUGAUUCGUGCCCUCGUGGACAUCGGAUUCCUUAGCGACGAGCCCAAGGACUACUUGAAUUCUCCAAUUGCCUGGAAGGAGGCCACCAAGCAAGUGCUCGGCGCCUCAUCCUCUGAUGAAAAGGAUCUCGCCUGGGCUAUCUCCUCCAAGACGGAAUUCCCAUCCACCGAAGAGAAAAACCGCAUCAUCGCAGGUCUCCGCUGGAUUGGCCUUUUCUCCGACGAGAAGAUUACCCCUCGUGGCAACCCCCUUGAUACCCUCUGCGCAACCUUGGAGCAGAAGAUGCAGUACGGCCCUGGUGAGAGGGAUAUGGUUAUGUUGCAGCACAGGUUUGAGAUUGAGAACAAGGAUGGCAGCAAGGAGACCAGAACAAGCACCUUGUGCGACUAUGGUGAUCCAAAGGGCUACUCCUCGAUGGCUAGAUUGGUUGGUGUGCCCUGUGCUGUUGCUGUUAAGCAGGUCCUUGAUGGGACCAUUAGUGAAAAGGGUAUCCUUGCACCCAUGUCUAUGGAGAUCUGCGCCCCAUUGAUCAAGGCUCUCAAGGAAGAAUACGAUAUUGAAAUGAUUGAGAAGACCCUCUAAGAGACGCGAAGCACAGCCAUUAACCACGUCUUGGUCGAUUAUGUUUUAGCUGAGAUUUGCAGCUAUGGAUAGACCUUAAAUAUUUAACAUAAUUAGAGGCACAAAACGGAAAUCAAAAAUUUGGAUGGAUGGAUGGAUUAAAAGGUCAAAUUCAUUAUCAUUGCAUGGUGUGUCUACAAGUCCGUUAUUAUAUCGUCAGCCACCAUCGAAAUCAUUCAUCCAUCAUUUCAUAACUUUGAUCA